AUGGCGGCUGCGCGCAGAAAACUCUCGCAAAGCAGGCAAGUGGGGUCUCUUCUCCUUUUCCUGUGCGUUUCCGUGGGGGGUGAGGCAACCAUCCGCUACUCGGUGGCGGAGGAGAUGGAGAGCGGUUCGUUUGUGGCUAACGUGGCUAAGGACCUGGGGCUGGAGAUAGGGAAGCUGGCUGCGCGCGGGGCGCGGCUGGUUUCCGAGGGCAACAAACUGCACUUCCGGCUCCACCGCAAGACCGGGGAUCUGUUCGUGAAGGAGAAGCUGGACCGGGAGUCCCUGUGCGGCAAAGCCGACCCGUGCGUCCUGCACUUUGAAAUCGUCCUGGUGGAGCCCCUGCAGUCCUUCCGCGCCGAGGUCAGGGUGUUUGAUAUCAACGACAACGCCCCGAUUUUCCCAAACAAGGAGCCGCUGUUAAAGAUUCCGGAGAGCACGCCCCUGGGCUCACGGUUCCCUCUGCAGAGCGCCCAGGACCUGGACGUGGGCCUCAACGGGCUCCAGAACUACACCCUGAGCGCCAACGCCUAUUUCCACCUGCACACCCGCUUCCGCAGCCACGGGCCCAAAUACGCCGAGCUGGUGCUGGACAGACCCCUGGACAGAGAGGAGCAACCCGAAGUCAACUUGACGAUCACGGCGGUGGACGGCGGGUCCCCGCCCAAGUCCGGCACCGCCCACAUCCGCGUGAAGGUCCUGGACGUCAACGACCACGUGCCCCAGUUCUCCCGCCUGGUGUACCGCGCGCAGGUGCCCGAGGACAGCGCCAACGGCUCUUUGGUGGCCGCGGUGACUGCCACGGACCUGGACGAGGGCUCCAACCAGAGGAUUACGUACUCCUUAGCUCAAAACCCAGAGGCCAUUCUCCAGACGUUUCAGAUCCACCCUGAGACUGGAGAGGUUCGCCUGAGAGGGCCCCUCGAUUUCGAAGCGAUGGAAACCUACGACAUUGACAUUCAAGCUACUGACGGGGGAGGCCUCUCUGCCCACAGCAAAGUCCUGGUGGAAGUGGUGGAUGUGAAUGACAAUCCUCCGGAAGUGACCGUCUCCUCUGUGUCCAGCCCUCUCCCUGAGGACGCCCCCCUGCAAACGGUAGUGGCCCUUUUCUCCAUCCGAGACCGGGACGUGCGAGUGGGAGGGAAAAUCACCUGCUUCCUCAGAGAAGACCUUCCCUUUGAGGUCAAACCUACGUUCCGGAAUGCUUACCAGCUGGUCACCAACAGAGGCUUGGAUCGGGAGGAGGUCUCGGGCUAUAAUAUCACCCUCGUUGCCAUGGACACCGGACCACCCAAUCUGUCCACAGAGACUGUCAUAGAGGUGCUAAUAUCUGACAUUAAUGACAACCCCCCGGUAUUUCGGGAGGACUCCUACAUCUUGACGGUCCGGGAGAACAACAGCCCUGCAGUUUUCAUCGGCAAAGUCCAUGCUGAGGAUUUGGAUUUGGGCGAGAAUGCCCAAGUCACGUAUUCUCUGCUGCCUCCAAAGAGCGGAGAUCUAUCCGUCUUUGCUUACAUCUCCAUAAAUUCAGACAACGGGAAGCUCUAUGCACUGAGAACCAUGGAUUAUGAGGCCAUUCAAGAUUUCCAGUUUGUGAUAAAGGCAACGGAUGGGGGCUUCCCAUCGCUGAGCAGCCAGGUUACUGUCCGAGUGGUGGUCCUGGAUGACAAUGACAACCGUCCCAUGAUCUUGUACCCCUUGCAGAAUGGCACCUUGCCCUGCAAUGACCUGGUGCCCAGGUCUGCGGAGGCAGGCUACUUGGUAACUAAGGUGGUGGCUGUGGAUGGUGACUCGGGUCAGAAUUCUUGGCUUUCAUAUCAUCUGUUUAAGGCCACUGACCCCGGGUUAUUCUCUGUUCAACAACAAAAUGGGGAAAUCCGCACACUGCGGCAGAUAUCUGAGAGAGACCUCAUGAUGCAGAAACUUAUCAUUCUUGUUCAGGAUCAUGGCCAACUAGUGCUUUCCACCACUGCUUCACUCAACAUCCUGCUGGUAGAAGGCUUUUCUGAGCCCUAUCUGCAGUUCCGGGAUCCAUCCAAGCAUCCUGCAAUGGUAAAUCCAUCCACUAAAUAUUUGGUCAUUUCUCUGGCUGUGCUUUCCUUUCUCUUUCUCCUCUCGGUCACGGUGAUCUUCCUUAUACACAUCUGCCAGAAAAUUAAAUAUAGAGAAAAGAUCACAAUUCAAGAGCAUUUCUAUGAUGACUGUAAUUUCCCUAAUCACCUGGUACCAGGAGGAGCCCAUGGAUCUCUAUCCCAGCCUUGUCCCUACGAAAUGUGCUCAGCUACUGGCACUGGCACUGGCACUAGUGAGUUUCGGUUUCUUAAGCGCUUUAUGCCCAACUUUCCCUUUCCCCAUGGCACUGGAGAGGUAAAGACAGAGGCUGGCUCCAGUGUACCACUAGGAUCACUGGAUUAA